AUGCUCAUACUCUACAAGAUCGGUGACAGAACAAGCGGCAUGCUCAAGUCUCUGUUCGUCAAGAAGAUGGGACGAUUGGAUGUAUCAGAGGUUGAGGAGCUAUUUCAACAGCUUACCUUGGACCAGGCAAGGGCGUUUCUAGAUCAGGGAACAAGCAAUCUUCUCUGUUUUACUGCUGCUUCUGAGACAGGGCCUAUCCGUCCACAUAUUCUUAACUUGAUAGCGUGA